AUGAGAUGCCGUAUGAGAAAACAACUGUUCAUACAGCGAAAUAAGGUUUGUGAUCUAUCGCUAAUUUUGGCUAUCGCUGGCCUACUUUUUGUCAUCAUCGACGCCGAACUCACAGCACUUUCACCUACUACUCAUAUCACGAAGGGUCAUAACUUAUCGUUAUUUCUACGCUCCUUAGCUGUGCUCACAACUGUAUGCCUCAUGUGUUGUCUCAUCAAUUAUCAUGCUAUAGAAGUUAAGAUAGCCCUAAUUGAUUCUGGCGCCGACGAUUGGCGUGUUGCGGUUAGUAUGGAUCGGAUUAUCAAGUUAUCGAUGGAGUUAGCCAUCUGUGCCGUGUGCCCAUUUCCAGGUUAGGU